AUGCCCCCGGCAGCGCCUGACGAUCUUAUCCGCCAGCACAGCCGUUCGCUCGAAGACGACAGGGCCUUGACCCCGGAUCCGAGCCAGACCAUACCAGAGCAUGGGCCAAUUUCGAAGGGCAAAAAGAAGAAAGUAAAGAAAUCCAAGGGAAUCAAGACGGUACAUGAAACACCGCCGGAUGACAUGUACGUAUCCACUGGUGAUUGCCUGGUUUCCAAUGAACGCGCACCAUUAACAUACAAUCGCAUGGAUAGCAUUCAACCAUUUCCUUCGUCGCUAGAGGAGCCACCCCCAUGUGCAGAACCCGAACCUCCUAUUGAACACGAUGUAGCCCCAUCGAUCUCGUCACCUGCUCUGGAUGUUUUUGAUUCCCUCGAUGAGCCAGCAGGUGACGAUCUUGCUACCCGCACCGAUACCUGGGCGCAAUCGGUGCCUUAUGGAAAGAGCCCUCCCACCGAUCUGAUGGACGGGCAUAUGCCUAAUGCAUCUCCCUUGAACUUUCCAACUAUCCAAGAAAGGGGUGACUUUAGCCAUCCUUCUUCGGCAUCUCCUCAACCUCGAACCGUGCCGUCUAGCUACGGUAAUGGGUAUCGGAGUAGUUUGAACUCGAGGCAGCAGUCUGUGGACAGGAGGAAGAGUCAUUCUUACGGAAGCCCAAUGAGCCACCAAGCACCUCUCCCUCAUCUUCCACAGGCCCAUUUCUUUGGAGCACCGGAUAUCGAUAUGCUUCCAAGUCAGAAUCGACCACUCACGGACGGAAAUUAUUCGUUCUGUAGUUUCGAUACGCUGCCCAGUUUAUCUCCCAAAGCCUCACGAACAGGAAUGAAUGUCUUGCUAGUUGGGACAGAUAACGCUGUGGAGGUCCUCGCUGUCGAAGAUCGCCGAACGCGGCUUAUAGGCCAGUUAACUGGAUUAAAUGGUCGGGUGAUUGAAGCAAAGCUGUUGUCCAACCAUCCGUCGAGCGAUCCGUUUGCAUCAUCCCGGCCACAUGUAGCUGUCAUAGUCCACGGGCCAAUGGCGCCACACGAGGAGGAAGGUCGUGUAUCAUCUGCAACAUCGGACGCAAAUGAAAUCCCCCCUUCGACGAUUCGAGGCCACUCGAGCGAAAGACGCUCGACGCGAGAUGAUGUCCAGUUCUACCAGACCCGAGUUGAGGUUUACUCUUUCAGGACUGGUGAACAUGUUUCCACGCUGUUUGCAAGCAAGCCUGUUCCGUGUCUGGAGCACCUUCCGGGUCUCGCAUCGUUUGCGCCAUCACCUGUGGGCAGCUUGAAGCUUUUCACUGCUGGCGCGUAUGUUAUUUUGGCCUCUGGAGUCAGUGGAGAGGUCUACAUUUAUAGACAUGCCACAUCUCCGGAAACAGUUCCAUAUCAGUGCCUAGGUAAGACUUGGACUGGGGUUCAGUCCAAAGAAACCCGGCGUUACUCGGCUUCCUCAAGUUCAACUACUGAUCCAGAGGGGGCUCGCACCGAUUCUCCUCAUGGUUCUUCCACCCUUGAAAGGCCCAUAUUAGCUGUACAAGGAAGAUGGCUAGCAUUCGCUCCACCAUCGUCAGCUUACAGAGGAUCGAUCCAAGGCAGCGUUCCUUCGAACUUGAUUCUUGGCAAGGCUCCGGGAAUCGAAACCCGUAGUCCUCCUGCUGUGCCAUCGGUGUCAUGUGCGACUGAUGUUGGAGAAGGUGAAAGCUUUUUCGAUAAAAUGGCCAGAGGUGUUGCUCAAGAGCUUGUCAGAGGAGCCCGCUGGAUGGGUGAUCAGGGAAUGCAGGCCUGGAACAGCUAUUGGAAUACCCAACAAGCAACCGGCACCUCUCCACGCCGGCCAACUCAGACCCCAGACCCGUUGACGCAAGGAUAUGGACUAUUUCCUCCAACCCAUGCUCAGGAUACACAAGCAUCAGCCGCAGAGCCUGAUACUGUAUCCAUCAUCGACCUCAAUCGAUUCGAAGACGGCACAGAUAUACGAAACGUGUUUAUCCACCCAGUCUCAACAUUCCAGGUACCUAAUGGUUGCAGCUUCUUGUCUCUUUCCCCGAACGGCUUGAUGUUGUUCACAGCGAGCAAGAAGGGUGAUGUUCAAUAUGUGUGGGAUCUUAUGCAACUCAAACACUGCCGGUCCAUGGCUUUUAUGGCCGACGAUCAAACGGGACAGACUCCUAAUGUACGACAGGUUGCCCGGUAUGCACGGUUGACUACCUCUCGUAUCGUUGAUGUGAUCUGGACGGCACCCACUGGCGAGCGACUCGCUGUCAUCACACGCAAAGGUACUGUACAUGUUUUUGAUUUACCCCGUAGCGCAUUCCAAUGGCCACCAUUCCGCCGCGGAAAGUCUGCUGCAAAUAAGCCGCCAACUAUCGACCCCUUGGCAGAUGAACCCACUGGUCAAGCUGUUAGCGCUAACCCAUUGUCGGCGGCUAUGAAACUGGUUGGCGGUAAGACGCAACCUUUCUUCUCUGCCGUCCGGGGUCGUGUCCCGUCUACGGGUGCUGCAUUUCCUAACAUGAGUGGAUUCGCAUUGCCUUCUGCUGCCGGCGUAAAAAGUGGAAAGGUCGUCGCAGCAGGUCUAAGCAAGUCAAUGGGCGCCGCAACAGGCACGGUCAAUACUCUGCGCCAUGUUGGAGAGAACCGCCUACACCUCCCGGGACUGGCUCGAGACCCUGCACCUUCUCGUGUGGCGUGGAUCUUUAGUAAGGGUCUAAUCUUCCUGGGUGUUUUGGAUGGCGGGUACUUCAAAAUGUACCGCCUCAAGCGUGCUACUGUAUCUGGUCAUAAGAAUCGACAACCGCACUCUGUUGUCGGCGGUAAGGAGUCUCAGCUUAACCUACCGGCCAACCUACAAACCCCCUGUGGACCGGCUCCUAUGACCACUUAUGACCCAGAAUUGGUAGUUCAGGCUUCUAUUGCUCUCCCUUCGGUCAGCUCUCAACCGUCUAGUGGCACGAGAACAUUUUGUCAGCCACUCUCGAAGGCCGAGAUUGAAACAAAUACCCCAUACCAACCGUUCCACACGGACCAGCGGGUUGGUCUAAGUGUGUUCUCCUCUGAUAGUGAUGCAAGUGAUCCUAGUGGACAGUGGGUUUUCGGAAAUGAUAUCCCGCUAGUCAAAGUGCACUUGAGGUCAUUUAGCAGCUCCAGUGACGACCAUGGCGACGACGACAAUGAAAAUGCUGCCAUCCAUGGACACUCGCUUGGGGCUGGCGGAGAUAUAGAAAAUCUCAUCACUCUCGGAAACAGCACUGGCAACGUUGAGGAAGUUGUUAUUACUACCCGUCGCAAGAAAAGACACUCCACUCCGCUCAAGGCCGAUGACGGUUUCUUCGAAGAUGAUUGCGAAGUUCUCGACUUUGCUCGUGACCGAGUGUGA